AUGCGCCGCCUGUUGCUCUUUUUGCUUGUCUGCUCCGUCGGACUCGUUCUCUCGUGUGCUCCGCCCGGAUUCGUCCAGUCGAACGAUCCGUCGCAAGUCGGUGCUCGUUGCUCAGAUCUGAUUCUGUAUCCAGUGUCGGCGGUAGAUCAGACCGAUCAGUACAGGCACGUUUUCUUCUUUUCUUCUCUUUUCCCAAUCCAUCUUUUUUUUCUAGAUUCGACUACAGCGACGUCUCAUUCGGAAACACGCACGCUCAGGGAGCAACGGUGGCCAUAACGUGCACUACGGGCGGUCAGGCAGCAACCGUCGAGGGAUACGACCAGGCGAGUUGCCAAGGCGAUUCGUAUAGAAGCGGUCAACGGGCGGCACGCAUAAAUCAUUCACACACGCAAAAGUUUUCCCAAAUUCCGAACAACAAAAGAUGUUUCGGAAUUGGGAAAACUUCUGAAGAAACAAGGGAAUUCCAUCACACAUUGGUUUUCAGCAACGCGCGUCAAUCUCGGCCGCUCCAUCCCUGCUUGCCACGUGCACGAACGUCGGCGGCUCGCAGUACACGUGGACGAUUCUCGGACGCAUUCUCCAGUUCGUCGACUGCCGAUUCUAA